UUUGAAAUGCAAAGACAACGUGUAUUCUUUAAUGUGUACACACUAGUAUAAAGCCAAAUCAAAGUAUAGUAAGAGUUCUUAAAUAAAUAUAAAUUAUAUAUACUUAGAUUUCAUUUGUUGAUUUUUAUUUAAAUGAAAUAUGAAUUUAUUAAUAGAUUCAAAUUUUUCUUGAGACAGUAGCAAGGGACACGAUGUUUUGUCACCGCUGAGGAUAACGUUUGUAACUUACUACACCGGACCGUUACACUUGGUUAACCAAGACAAUCGAGAUCAACGAUUACUUGUGCAACAUACGUCAAAGGUAGCCUCGGCUAUUGGUCAGACCUGUUUCUUUCUUCUAAAUAUCGUUUCAUCCUUCACCUGGUUACAUUUUAUUAAUCUUCAUACCAUCAGUAAAAAUCUUUAAACAGUUCGUAAUUUGAAAACGGAAGUGACCCCAGAAGGAUCGUGAUGAAAAGAUUCACGAACGAUGACGAUAAAAGGCUGAUAUGGUUAAUAUUUCUAUUAUCCACAUUCUAUUAUCAGAACAGCCGGAAAUAUAAUGCGCGGACUUCUACGAUAUUCGAAACGAUUGUUACUUUUGUGCGUUGGUUUCACGAUUUUCUGUAUGAUUCUUGUUACUUUUUUCAUCUUUCUUGGUAAAAAGGAUAAUAAAGAAGUACUUCAGGAAAAAACGAAACAUGAACAACGAAUAAACAAGGAAUUAUUAAGAAAUGAACGGAUUAGUACGACGUCUGUACUUGGAAGAUGGCUCUUGUCUUCUGAAGGAAGUUUACUACCACCGAUAAUAAAUAAGAAAAAAAGACUGUAUUUGAUUUUAAUUUGGAAACAUGGGAAAUUUUUGGAACGUAGACACAUCAGACGUUUUACGAAUAAUAAAUUUUCACCUUGGGAAAAUUGUACAGUGAAGUGUAUACUGAGUUAUCAAUCGGAAGAUUUAGAUAUAGCAGAUGCUGUUGUGUUUCAUUUACAUCUGACACGUGAUGUAUUGGAAUUGCCGAUUAGAACACGAUGGAAUCAAAGGUGGAUUUUUUUGACUGACGAAUCACCGAUACACACUUUUCUCUACGGAAAUCAAGAAUUAUCUAGAUAUAAUGGUUUAUUCAAUUGGUCGAUGACUUAUCGAAUGAACAGCGAUGUGCCGGUACCUUACGGUAGAACGAUUUCUACAUCGUUUAUAAAUUCGCCGAAUAUAAAUUUCUCAAGCGAUUUGAUAAAGAAAUCAAAAACUAAACUAGUCACUGUUAUGGGUAGUAAUUGCGGGGGCACGAAUGGUCGAUGGAAAUAUAUUAGUCAACUGAAAUUGAUCUUCGGUAAUGAUCUUGACAUAUACGGAAGAUGUUUAAAUGGUAAUACGACCGCAUGUCCCGGUCAUUUUGAUAAAGAUUGUUCUGUUUUAAAUAACUACAAGUUUUAUUUAGCCUUCGAAAAUUCAAAUUGUAGAGAAUACUUAACAGAGAAAGUAUUUUGGCAUGGUUAUCACAAAUUAGCGAUUCCAGUGAUAAUGGGUGCGCCAAAGAAAGAUUGCGAGCAAUUAUUACCGCCACAUUCGUUUCUUCAUGUUAGCGAUUUUGCUGAUCCAGCAGCUCUAGCAAAUUACAUUCAGUAUCUUAAUAAACACAAUGAAAAAUAUUUCGAGUAUCACGAGUGGCGUAAAUAUUAUAAAGUAAUUAAUGAACAUGGUUAUUUCGGCAGUAUGUCACGACAUUAUUGCCGCGUUUGCGAAGCUCUUCAUUAUAAUUCUCCUGCCGUUAAAGUAUACGAGAAUAUGAAAUCGUUUUGGAACAAAAAACGAGAUUGUAACAUAAACGAGAUCUAACAUUUUCAAGUUUAAUUUAUACUGUAUUGUUAUAUCAUAUAAUUUAUACUGUAUAUUAUAUCAUUAGUUGAG